GAUGUCAGCUGGCGCUUGUGAGGGCAUACUAGCAGAUAUUGUUGGGACUCUGCCGCUGCGGUGUCUGUUAUUGCGGCUUUGUCGGCUCAUCGGCUGGGAAAAUAGGGAUCUUUGUGUCUGUCCCCGCUAGUAGUUGUAGCAGUCAACCACACAUCCGCAAACAAAAGGGAGCAGCCAUGCCGUUCGGGAACACUCACAACCAGCUGAAGAUGAACUACUCCUCGGACCAGGAGUACCCGGACCUGAGCAAGCACAACAACCACAUGGCCAAGGUGCUGACGGCUGACAUGUACGAGCGGCUGAGGAGCAAGCAGACGCCCAGCGGCUUCACGCUCGAUGACGUCAUCCAGACCGGGGUCGACAACCCUGGUCAUCCCUUCAUCAUGACCGUGGGCUGCGUGGCCGGAGAUGAGGAGACCUACGAGGUCUUCAAGGAGCUGCUGGACCCAGUCAUCCUGGACCGCCAUGGAGGAUACAAGCCUACAGACAAGCACAAGACUGACCUGAAUUCCGGCAACUUGAAGGGCGGCGACGACCUGGACCCCAACUACGUCCUGAGCUCCCGAGUGCGAACGGGCCGCAGCGUCCGCGGCUUCUGCCUGCCCCCUCAUUGCAGCCGAGGAGAGCGUCGCGCCGUGGAGACGCUCUCCAUCGAAGCCCUGGCCUCCCUCAGCGGGGACCUGAAGGGCAAAUACUACGCCCUGAAGAACAUGACGGAGGCGGAGCAGCAGCAGCUGAUUGAUGACCACUUCCUCUUUGACAAGCCCGUGUCCCCGCUGCUGCUGGCCUCCGGGAUGGCCCGAGACUGGCCCGAUGCCAGAGGCAUCUGGCACAACGACAACAAGACAUUCCUGGUGUGGGUGAACGAGGAGGACCACCUGAGGGUCAUCUCCAUGCAGAAAGGGGGCAACAUGAAGGAGGUUUUCCAGCGUUUCUGCACUGGACUCACUAAGAUCGAGUCCCUGUUCAAGGACCGAGGUCACGCGUUCAUGUGGAACGAGCACCUGGGCUACGUCCUCACCUGCCCGUCCAACCUGGGCACGGGCCUGCGUGCGGGCGUGCACGUCAAGCUGCCAAACAUGAGCAAGCACGCCAAGUUCGAGGAGGUCCUCAAGCGUCUGAGGCUCCAGAAGCGUGGAACCGGGGGCGUGGACACUGCGGCUGUGGGCGGAGUCUUUGACAUCUCCAACGCUGACAGACUGGGCUUCUCUGAGGUGGAGCUGGUGCAGAUGGUGGUGGACGGCAUCAAGCUGCUGGUGGACAUGGAGAAGAGGCUGGAGAAGGGCCAGGCCAUCGAUGACCUCAUGCCUGCCCAGAAGUAGAACCUGAUGUCACACUUGAAACCCCCCCCCCUCCCGCCCCCCGACUCUUUUGUCCAAUCCAAUGAACGUCCAAGUAUCCCAGAAUGCACUCUGCUUGUUGGUUUGUCCCUGAAUUGUCUAUUUAAACAUCUUCUGUAAGGUGAAGACUGGUGUGAAAUAAAAUGAUCUGGAAUAGAACC